GGCGGCUAAGGCCCGGUUUCCUAUCAUGUUCCUCCUCCUACACCUUGCCCGGCUAUAUAUCCGUAUGUAUGCUUGUCAUAUUUUGGAGUAUCACGUACUCAGCUGACAACGAACUGACCACUCGCAAAUAAGCUAAGCUGCCUGCCAUGGAGGGUUGGUUAGCCUUAUGUUUUAUAGCCCUAUCCACGUUACUGGCCCUUUGGUUCUCCGGCAGCAAGAGCAAGCCCAAGAAGCACCUGCCUCCCGGGCCAUGGACUCUCCCGAUCAUCGGCAGCCUCCACCACGUCAUCCUCGGCACGCUCCCUCACCGCACCAUCACUGAUCUGUGUCGCCGGCAUGGGCCACUGAUGCUCCUCAAGCUAGGCGAGGUCCCCACGGUGGUGGUCUCCAGCGCCGAGGCGGUGGCGGAGGUAAUGAAGACCAACGACGUCGCCUUCUCGAACCGGCAGACCACCGAGCUGCAGGAGAUCAUGGGCUUCGGCGGCAAGGGCAUCAUCUUCGCCCCCUACGGCGACCACUGGCGCCAGAUGCGCAAGGUCUGCAUCGUGGAGCUCCUCAGCUCCAAGCAGGUGAAGCGCAUGGAGUGCAUCAGGGCCGAGGAGGUGGGCGGCCUCCUCCGCUCCAUCAUCACGGCCACGGACGCGGGCGCCGCCGCCAACCUCAGCGAGAUGUUUGCGGCGCUUGGCAACAACGUGGUGGCGCGGGCGGCGUUCGGCGGCAAGUUCGCACGGCAGGAGGAGUUCCUCUGCGCCAUGGACCAAAUCAUGGACCUGCUGGGGGGCUUCUGCCUGGUCGACCUCUUCCCGUCGUCCCGGCUGGUGCGGGGGCUCAGCAAUGGCGAGCGCCGCAUAAAGAGGAUCCGGGACCUCAUUGAGCACAUCAUCACCGAGAUCCUUGACGAGCGCAAGGCGGCGCGAGCGGCCGGUCAUGGCGCAUGCAGCACCGAUGAUGAGGACCUGCUGGACGUGCUGCUCAGGCUGCAGGAGGAGGACUCGGCAUACCCUCUAACCACAGAGAUUAUAGUCACUGUCUUGUUGGACAUGUUUGCGGCUGCUUCAGAGACUACAGGAACUGCUUUGGAGUGGGCCAUGUCAGAACUCGUAAGUCAUCCUGAAGUUAUGGCUAAGGCACAAUUAGAGGUUCGAGAGGUACUAGGUCAAGGCCGAGCUAUCAUUAGCAAUAGCGAUCUUGCAGAACUCCACUACAUGCAGAUGGUCAUCAAGGAGGUUCUUAGAUUGCAUCCACCUGCCGCUUUACUCCCCCGCAAGACUAGAGAGGACUGCAAAAUUAUGGGUUACGACAUCCUUAAAGAUACCAAUAUAUACAUUAAUGUCUUCGCAAUUUCCCGGGACCCUCAGUAUUGGAGCAAUCCAAAAGAAUUUAAUCCCGAGAGAUUUGAGAACAACAAUGUGGAUUAUAACGGGACAAGUUUUGAAUUCACUCCUUUCGGAGGUGGGCGACGACAAUGCCCUGGAAUAGCAUUCGCAUCAUCAGUUUUGGAGAUUACCUUGGUAAACUUUCUCUAUCACUUUGACUGGAUGCUUCCUGACAAUGCCAACUCAUUAUCACUAGAUAUGUCUGAGAAAUUCGGGUUCACUGUCCGUAGAAGGACUGACCUACUGCUCAAGGCUAUUCCACAUGUAUGCUCCAAGGCUACACAUAUAUAGAUCCAAGAAGUAGAUGUUCAUAUGUGUUGCAUUGUACCUUUAUGCAUACAUUAGAAUAAGAGCACAUGGAAUAGCUUGUUGUGCCAGAUUACAUGCCAAAAUAGUGGAACCAUUGGCAGAAAUUAAAUUUCAACUGGGAAAGCAUGCCAACAUCUACUAUGUAUCUCCCUCUGGCCAAUUUUGAAGAUGACACCAUCAGUGUGAUUCUAAGUAAAUAUUAUUGGCUUGUAUUUUUUAAGUAGUCGACUUACCUUUUAAAGUAUUAACUUUUGUUAUAACAAUUUUAAAUUGUUCUCCUUUAUC